AUGAGCGAUAAAAAACUCGCAGGCCAAGUUGCUCUGAUUACAGGAGCCGGUGGAGGUUUCGGAGAGUCCUUUGCCCGGCGAUUUGUAGGGGAAGGCGCCCAGGUUGUUAUUGCGGAGAUCAACACAUCUGCAGGGAAACGGGUCGAACAAGAUCUCAAAUCGACUUACGGCGACAACAUCUUAUUUAUUACCGAAGGCCUUGCUUCGGAAUACGGCCCAGAUGGAAUACGAGUGAACUCAAUAUGCCCUCUACUUGGCUACACUGGCCUAACCGAAACUUUCACUGGUGUAAAAGACACUCCAGAAUUCCGUGCCAAAUUUGCCGCCACAAUUCCCAUGAGAAGAGGUCUUGAGCAUGAUGAUCUUGCAAAUGCAGCAGUAUAUCUCUGUUCCAGCGACUCUUCGUUCGUAACGGGAGUGAAUUUACCAGUAGAUGGAGGAAGCACCACUGUUGUGGACUGA